AUGAAAGAUCAAGUAAACGAUAGAAAGGAUCAAUAUGGAGGAACCCUAGAAAACCGGUGUCGAUUCGCCCUAGAAAUCGUCGAAGCAGUCGCAAAAGAGAUCGGAUCUCAGAGAGUCGGAAUAAGAUUAUCUCCAUUCACAGAUUUCAUGGAGUCUUCUGAUUCAAACCCUGAAGCUCUAGGCCUCUACAUGGCCAAUGCACUCAAUAAAUACAACAUUCUCUAUCUCCAUGUGAUUGGACCGAGGUGGUCGGAGUCUGAAAGUCCUCAGAGUCUUCUUCCUAUGAGGAAAGCUUUUAAGGCUACUUUCGUGGCGUCCGGAGGGUAUGAUAGGAAUGGAGGGAACGAAGCUGUGGCGGAGGAUGAGGCGGACUUGGUGGCGUUUGGGCGGUUGUUCUUGGCCAACCCCGAUUUGCCGCGGCGGUUUGAGCUUGAUGCAGGGUUGAAUAGGUAUGAUAGGAGCACUUUCUACACUCAGGAUCCUGUUGUUGGGUACACUGAUUACCCUUUUCUCGAUGUUCAUGCUUAG